CCAAGCACAAUACUAGUGCGGCUCUUAAAUCAUGGGAUACAACCUUUUAGAAGCAUUGAACGUUCGGGUAGUCGGGUCCGGCGACAGGUACCUGGUCCUUGCCCACGGUUCCGGCACCGACCAAUCGGUCUGGCAACGAAUCCUCCCACUUUUCACUCCUUCGUUUCGUAUAAUUCUGUACGACCUCGUUUGCGCCGGGAGCGUCAACCCCGAUUACUUCGAUUUCAGUCGAUACACCACUCUCGAUCCCUAUGUCGAUGAUUUACUUAAUAUUCUCAAAGCUCUCGGCGUUGACCGCUGCGCUUAUGUUGGUCACUCCGUCUCCGCCAUGAUUGGCAUCUUAGCUUCCAUCCGCCGCCCUCAACUCUUCUCCAAACUCAUCCUCAUCGGCGCUUCUCCCAGGUUUCUUAAUGACAAAGAUUACCACGGAGGGUUCGAGCAAGGUGAGAUUGAGAAGGUGUUUUCGGCAAUGGAAACGAACUAUGAAGCUUGGGUGAACGGGUUUGCGCCGCUAGCGGUGGGGGCAGAUGUGCCGACAGCGGUUCGAGAGUUCAGCCGGACUCUUUUCAAUAUGAGACCGGACAUAUCAUUGUUUGUAUCCAGGACGGUAUUCAACAGUGAUCUGAGAGGGGUACUUGGGCUAGUGAGUGUACCAUGUUGCGUGAUCCAGACUGCCAGAGAUGUGUCCGUUCCGGCUUCGGUGGCAGAGUAUUUAAGGACCCAUCUAGGGGGACGAACGACGGUGGAGAUUUUGAGAACGGAAGGCCAUUUGCCGCACUUGACGGCACCGGCGUUGCUGGCUCCGGUGCUCAGGCGAGCCCUUGCUCGGUGAGUUUCCUCUACUUAUUUUAUGUAGCGUUUAUGUGAGUAGGGGGUGGGGACAAGAGGGAUGUGGAUACGCAUGGAAUAAUUUCUGAAACGAUAGGGUUCUUUGGAUUCAUUAGGAUCAUUUUGUCAUACUCCCAUUAUCACGACGGUACUUUUGCAAAAGGAUAAGAAUACCCACGUGAUUCUCACGUGAUGACGCAUUGUUUUUGACCUUUUUAUUCUUCUAACCUUUGUUUC